AUGGAUUACGAAAAACCAGAGACGGCAACCUUCAAAUGUGUUGUUGAUACGCUUAACCUUCGCGUUUCUGAAGAUGGUCACUUCAAUCCUGAACCUAGCUUGUCAAAGGCAAUUCAAGACGAGCUUGCAGAUGUUGAACAUGCCGACAAGCCUUUCGGUGCUUUGUUUAAUGUCAAUCCUCCUCCUCCAGAGUACGACCAGCAAGGAAAUGUAACGAACGCGCCAAAGCCUUUCACUCUCACACCUCAUCAAUUGGAAGCUAGCACGAAGCGUAGCUACCAACCACUUGACAGAGUCAACACUUCAAUCGGAUUCUCUACACACAAGACCGAGAGAAACUUCAUCUUUUUGCGGGUCGGCAUUCCUUUUGAGCAGAUUCCAGACACAGUCGAUCCUAAAACGCAUACCGCUGAUGGUUUCGUCGUCAAACUCAAGUUCUACGCAAAUAACAUGAUCGGUCUUGACUCACCUCUUUCCUCCCUCGAAGAAAGUGACAACCCAAACAACAUCUUCACCACCAACGAUGACGAUGAAGAGGUUUUCAACAAAUACAUCACUGAGGACAUUCCCAAUAUCGUUCUCAAGACACCUGGGUAUGACCGUAUUGGAAAGAACGGCAAACCAAAAGCAAAAUUUGGUGUCUUUCGUUUGAAACUAAAUGUCAAGGAUAUCGCGUCUGCCAUUAGUGAGAACUUGAUUCAUUCCACUACCUGGCCAGCUGCUCCAUGGGCUCCUCGUCGUGUUAUUAAAUUCCUUCAGUUCAUCAUGUCACAACACACGUUCUCACUUCCAAUUUACAUCAUGGAUACAGCGGGUGGCAAUUUUCAGAAUUGCUUGAUUGAGUGCCUUCGUGGUAUGCGAAAGGAGCUACGUGAGGGCAAUCCUUUUCGUGGAUACCUUUCUCAAAACUUCAAGACCAACGGCAACGUACCUACGAUUGAUUCAGAUACCUCCAUCAAGGAUGCGAGAUCAAGUCCUAACAUCGUCACCCAGAAGCAAUUGCAAUACUGUACAAAGGAGGAGAUGAUCACCCGCCUUGCUGUUGGUACGAAGCAACAACUUGAAGAUCGUCGUGCAAAAAUCGUCAAGUUCCGCGCUUUGAAGCAAGCCAUCAGAUUGGUGAAGAUCGUCGAUGAUUCUGCAUAUUAUGUUUUCUUCAAGGCACCGCAGGACUUGAGACUACAAGCCGGUGACGUUUUGAAGGUCAACUUUUCUCCAGAUAAUCCAAUUAGGAAGGAGGAUUGGAAUCUCACCAUAUGCGAGUCCUUCGACUGGUCGUACCAAGGAGAAUCCAUUGGGAUCUUGAAACGACCCUUGGUCCCACUCGAUGAUGCUGCUACUGAAGAGGAAACGAAUGCUUUACCAGAUUCCGAAGUACUUGAAAAAUUCUUGUCGAAUGAUGUGUCGUUCAAAGCAGCAGCAUUGAAGUACAAAACAUACUCUGAACAAGGAAAGAAGAUGGAGCAUGAAGCAGUUCGUGAGUUAUUCAAAGAUUUGCUGCCAAAUGCGAUCAAGAACGCAAGACAAAGCGCAAAUGUUGUCUUGACAACUCCAUCUCAAACUGCUACCACAAAGUUCAUGAACCAAUUCCGACAACUUCAUGCACUCUUAAUUGAUGAGGCUGGUCUUGCUACACUCAUCGAUCUAAUCAUGCUUCUUUGUACACUUGAGACGGAGUCACUUGUCUUGUUCGGCGACACCAAGCAGCUUACUCCCCAAGCUCCUCUUAUUAAAGGUUCCCAGGGCUUGUCUUGUGAAACAUCCCAAGGUAUCAUGACCUACUUCCUAGACAAUCAUUGGCCCAAGGCUAGCCUUAACAUCCAACGCAGAGGUUGUCCUGGAAUCAUGGAGGUUGCAUCGGAGUUGUUUUACCGCAAGCAGAUCCAAGAUGCACCUGUUGCACCAGCCCAAUUCCCACUCCGUGAUAUGGUUGCCCAUGCUCUAAGAUUGAUCUUCCUAGAGAAUACUAUCUCAAAGCCGUAUUUGUAUAUCAAUGCAGUACACGAAGGCGAGAUCGUGGACCAUUCAACCAAGUCCUGGAUGAAUCUGACCAGUGCUGCUGUUAAUGUUAACUUAAUAGAAUAUCUCAUUACCAAAUGCAACGUUCCCCCAAGCUCAAUGAUUGUCAUCACUCAUUACACCGCCCAGCUUCGUGUAUACAGACACGCGAUUUCCAAGUUGGCGAUUCACACGACGGAUAGCAUCCAAGGUGGUUCUGCAGACAUCACAUUUUCUGAUCCUGUCCGUACCCAAAAUCCAGGAUUCACCAACAACCCUGGUAGAAAUUGUGUUGCACUCACUCGAGCUCGUUCUUUUCAGAUCAUCACUGCCAAUACGCGACAGUUGAAGACUUAUAGUAGAAGCGCUCCUAUCAUUUUCAAAGCUUUUGAAAUCGCUCAGAAGGCCAAGGCUUGUGUCAACAUCAGCAAGAGUAUGGAUGCACGUUACUCCAACCUUCUUUUGCAUCGCCACGUUCACGCUGUCGGGGGUGCACGUGUGUAG